GUCGUCACUACGCACAAUAAUAUAAAGUCAAUAUCCGAAUAUUAAAAUGAGCAGUAAUACACUUCUGAAUGAAUCAGGUAUGUGGAGAAUACCGGUGGUGAACACAGCAGCAGUUGUUAUUGUGAUGUUAGCUGUACAACUAUUAAACUAUAAUUAUCAGGGCACAUCAUGGGUCUGUGGUGAGACACUCGCCUAUCUCACUGCAAUCGUUGUCAUAUCCGUUCCUCCAAAGACUUCGUAUAUAGUGCCAUCUUUCAGAGGUGGUGCGAUUGCUUUCGGUACGCUCUUAGGGUUUGGGACCGGACUUUUGGCCUACCAUUCCAACAUACUUGUUAGCGUGGUAUUGGUCCUAGCCGUUAAUGCUGUGCUAUUGUUCUGGCUGGAAUAUAGCUUCAAUACGCUGGGUGGUCAUAAGGCUGUACCCCUUUGCAUAUCACUUUUUCAUGGAUUGCAGCACAUGGCGUAUGCUCUAAACGAAGAUAAGAUUGAAGAAGUGCUCUAUUCGUUCGCAGCAACAAUGUGUUAUGUAGCUAUCGGUGUCACCAUACCUGUGGCAUUUUAUAUGCUGCUACAUUUCUUCCCCGUCAAUCCACCCAUUGGGAAACCAAGUACGCCCACCAAAUACUUCGAUGAGGAUAUAUCGUUACGAAAAAGUGUGACCAUUCUAUUGAUAGAGGGUGUUACACUCACACGCCCCUCACAUGCCAGCAUGGGUCGUAUGUUGUGGACCGCAUUUCGUGGAGCGGUUGUCAUCGCAGUGAGUUGCCUUCCAAAUUUGAUUUGCGACAUUGGCGAAUCUCAAAAAUACACACCGUGGUUCUUCAUCGGAGCCCAAUUGACCGCUCUUGCAGGCACGUAUACGGAUAUAGGCUUCUUUGACGGUGUGGAUCGAUUCCUCGGGAAUGUGGUAGCGGUUGUGGCCGCCUUAGUACUGAAUGUUGCACUUCAAGCUGUACACAACAGCACCGCGUAUAUCGCUAUUGUCGUGUUGUUCUACGGUUCCUACGCGUUUUUGGCAUACACAAUAUGGUAUGGAGUGAGUGGCCCGCUGAUGCGUGAAUUGUCUCAGUUGCUGAAAGGUCACGGGCCGUUCAUGAUGAUGGUCUUGCUCAGUUUCGGAGCGGCGGUGGACACCUUUGAUAAGCCCAAUGCCACUUUCCAAGCCCCACUGUACCGCUUUUUGUUUACAAGUGCGGGGACAGUUUUUGCCACGGCAGCCCAUUUUAUCUUUCCACGAUACGUGGUGAAUAUUGAGAAAUCAACAUGUCUUCAAGUGGCAGUUGAUUUCCAUGGAAUUUUGGAAAAGAGCUUCCAAGUCGACGACAAAUUUGGCAUUCUGAAAAAUGAUCAUAAAAGCCCCAUGGGUGGUAGAGGGUCGCUAUAUACACACUCGUCCAUGAAAACGGUCAAAUGAAACUGCCGCGACCCAAGCCCACACAACAAUACCUAGUAUAUACGCAGAGGUACUUUGCGUGAUCAACCACAUGCACACACCCAAACUGACAAUAAGAUUGCAACCACAGUGGACUCAACCUGUGGUAUUUCGGGAAGGUGAAGUAAGCGCAGGCAAGGGGUGGACUUGCGCCGCGCCCCUAAACUCUCUCAAUCGACGAAAGUCGUAGGCAGCACGCUGAUACUCUAAUCCUGGAUCCAAUCCAGAUUCACUUUUCUGGAAGUAGAAUUUGAUCACAUAUAGGUCUUUGAUCUUAGAUACAAUAACUGAACACAGCUGUACACAUGAAGACUGUCGUACAUACACAGAUAAACCAAGUACAUAUGGAAUUGGUUCAGUAGAGAUAUGCACCGAAGUCAAGGCUCUACUCAGCUCGCCUAUCACUUCGAACUAGAAACGGGAAGUGCACUCCGAACCAGCAAUUAAAGCGGCCUGGAGAGAACAACUAUAACACUACUUGUGCUAUAGAUAAAAUAUAAACUUGCAUUCGGCCUACUAGUAUGUGAUUACCC